CGGCGUCGAUAGGUUCACCUUUUUCCACACCCACCCGCCCACAUGUUUGCGCUUCGACCAGCAAGCAUGUGUACGGGAGCGUGCGCCAAGGUGGUAGCGGUGCCCCUCUACAUCCUGGCCUUCUUGUCCAUCGUCUGCAACAUCGUGCUCUUCUUCCCCGACCUCGACACCAAGUACGCGGCCGAGGAUCGUGAAGGACAGGCCCGCAUCACCGAGGAGGUGAAAUACAUGGGAGGGGCGAUCGGAGGAGGAAUAAUGGUCCUCAUUCCGGCCAUCCACAUCCACCUGAGCAGUUCUGGCAAAUGCUGCGCCAACCGUUGCGGGAUGUUCCUGUCCAUCGGCUUCGCGGCGGCCGGCGUGGCGGGCGCCGUGUACAGUCUGAGCGCGGCCGGCCUGGGCCUGGCCAACGGGCCGCUGUGCUACUGGAGCAACCGGCAAAAUCCCAUCCCCCAAUGGGGGGUCCCCUUCGCUAACAGCACGGGGAGCUACCUGACGGAAAAGGACACGUGGAAGUGGUGCGUGGUCCCGAAGGGCGUGGUGGAGUUCAACGUGGGGCUGUUCUCCACCUUACUGGUGGCGGCCUGCCUGGAACUGGUCCUCUGCCUCGUUCAAAUGAUCAACGGGCUCUUCGGAUGCAUCUGCGGCACCUGCUCCGGGAAAGAGUGAGCCAGGCGAGCGCCCGAAGAAGAGACCGCGUGGAUCGACGCCAUUUCUCCGUUUGCAAUUGAAAAUCUCGCCGGGAUGGAAAAGCCUGACGACGCCGCGCAGGCCCUCUUGUUUCUCCGCGAUGUGAUUCCGCUCCUUUUCGCAUGUACAUGUUUGAACGUAUUUUGUA